AUGACUGUCCUCAAAGCCCUCACCCUCACCACCCUCGCGGUGGCAAUCGCCAACGCCCAAUCCGCCAACCCAGGCGUCGGCUCCAACCCCAAAGCCCAAGGCGCAACUGAAAAAGUCACGUCCAACACCGGUCCUAAUGGCUCCGAAGACUGGCUCAACACCGGCAUCACCAGCGACGGCUGGGACCCUCCCUUCCUCGCCAUCAACGACAUCUACCACAUCAACCGCGACCAAUUCUACAGCGGCAUCGGGUCCCCCUGCAAACAAUACGACGGAUACUUCCAAACCGCCGGCGACAACUACGGCGUCGACCCAACCAUCCUCGCCGUCCUCGCCAUGCAGGAAUCUUCCUGUAAUGCUGACGCAGGCGGUCCCACACCCGGUCUCAUGCAGGUCUCCUGCGACAAUUAUCCCAACGGGCAGUGUACGGAUGAUAUUCAGGAUAAUGUCAACGCGGGCGCGAACUAUCUUGUCGGUCAGUUGAAUGCGUCGGGCGGCAAUGCGAUCAAGGCGUUCGGGUCGUAUAAUGGCUGGUUUACGGCGGGGAGUGGGUUGAAUGGCGAUAAAGGGUUGACGAAGGAUUAUCCGUGUUCGGAGGAGGGCAAGUCGAAUGGAGUGCCGCAGAAUUUGGAUUAUUUGCAUCAGGUACUGAAUGGGUGGAUGAUGGGGUUGGAUGUGUACGGGGAUGAUAAUUGGAUUGGGACGUACAAGUGUGAUCAGUCUUGUGAUAAUAAUGUUUGUUAGAUGGCUGUCUUCGCUUGGUUGUAUGAUAGCAAGAUACUUGGUAUAUAACCCUCCCAGCCUCAUUC